AUGGCCAAGUUCUCCGCGAGAGAAUACACCGAUAUGGUGAUAACGUAUGGGAUGGCGGGUGAAAACGGAAAUGCCGCGGUACGUCUUUACGCGGAAAGAUUUCCUGACCGUGUACAUCCGUCGUACGUAACACUUACGCGCUGUAUCCAGCGAUUACGGGAAACCGGAUCCGUCGUUCCAAAUCGCGUACGACCCGGUGCAGUAAUGCGUCACGACGUUCGUACAGAAGAACGGAUUUUACGGGAAUUCGAACGAAAUCCCAGAAACAGCGUGCGUCGCGUUGCUGGUGCACUUGGAAUUUCCAACAGUUUGGUGCAUCGUAUAUUACGGCGUAGUGGUCUAAGACCUUACCACUAUCAACGUGUGCAGCAACUUCUUCCCGGAGAUGCACAACCGCGCAUCUUCUUCUGUGAAGGUAUUUUCAUUACUCUUAUUUAACAUUUACAGUAUUUG